GUAUCAACAACAAAGAUAACAUCAAGCAAGUUAGUAUUAUGCAUAAAUAACAAGAUGUACACAGUUAACGAAAUGAUUCGACUGUAGGAUUUUUAUCUAGAAAGUUGAAAAAUACAAAACAACUAUGUACAAAAUGAAAUGAAAGUUGUUGAGCGUGAUAAGCAUCACUUGAACUUUUUGUUUUACUAAUUUUAUCAUGCUCAGGUCUAUGAAAAAACAAAUCAGGACAUAUUUUUCAAUUUCAUACUUAUAUAUUUGGAUUACAUGGAUAAUCUUCAUCAACACAUGGUCUUUUGUUUACAAUUUACCGAGUUCUAUACCUCAGAAAUCAUUACAAAUAAAUGAAGCAAUGCGUUUACUUUAUCAGUAUGGUUACGUGAAUGAGCUGUCUCACAAUGACAAUCCCAUAGCAGCAGAAAACAAUCCUUAUGAAUCUUUUACCUAUCCAGACAAAAUAUCAUUGACAAAUCCUCCAAAAGAAUUUAUAAGUGCUAUUGAAAAAUUUCAAAGGCAAUUUAAUCUACCGAUUACAAAAAAAUUAGAUAAAGCUACAAAGGAAUUGUUAAUUGCGCCACGUUGUGGUAAUCCAGAUAGACAAACUAACUCGAAAGAAACGAAUUCAAAGCAUGCAUCAUCAGUAUCUCCAUCAUCUUUGUCAUAUUCGUCAUCAUCAAAGCGGACAGUUGACAGUACAUUCCAUUUAAUUAAUAAUCAUUCCAUAAUUCUACAGAAUGCUAAUUUACAAAUGAAUAUUGAACAUGGCAGAUUAUUAAAUCGAAAGAAACGUUAUUUAAUUGGUGAUGAGAAAAUGAAAUGGACAAAGAAGCAGUUAACAUGGCAAAUUCAAAGUUAUCCAUCAAACUUUUUAUCCAGAGUACGAACACAUGCAGUAUUUCAGCAUACAUUUAACUUAUGGUCAAGGGUGGUUAAUUUGGACUUCGUUGAAGAAAAAGAUUAUUACAAGCCAGCUGAUAUCGUGAUACGUUUUGGCGCUGGUAAACACGGUGAUUCAAUACCAUUUGAUGGAGCAGGUGGAGUAUUGGCACACGCUUACUAUCCAACACCAGAUAACGUUUACUCAUUUUCAGGCGAUGCACAUUUUGAUGAUGAUGAAAUAUGGAAUGAUGGACCUCAUAAAACACAUCGAAAUUUGAUAUCGGUUGCGGCUCAUGAAUUAGGUCAUAGCUUAGGGUUAGGUCACUCAUCUGUGCCAACUGCAAUUAUGUAUCCUUAUUACAUAAGUACAUGGGAGAAGGUUAAAUUGGAUCCAGAUGAUAUUGCGGGAAUACAACAAAUUUACGGUGCUGCCAGACGUGGUAAAUUUAUACCACCAGAACCAAGUCUACCAGAUAUACCUCCUCCCCCUCCUGUGACUACAGAAGCUCCAGUCAAAGGGAAAAUAUUUGAUUUUUGCAAUAUCAGUGUUGAUGCAAUUAUUAAAAUACGUAAUUUAGAGUUAUACGUUUUCAAAGGAGAGUGGCAAUGGAGAGUAACAUGGUCUAAGACUGUAACAACAUGGAUUGCUUAUCAGUUUCGAGAUGGUCCUGCAAAAAUCACUUACUAUUGGCCUGCAUUACCAAAAUAUGUUGACUACAUUGAUGCGGGUAUUGAACGUCAUGAUGCAGCCAUUUAUAUUUUCCGAGAUAAGAAAUUCUGGCUACUUCUGGAUAAUAUGCGAAUGAAACCCAGUUUUCCAAGUGAUGGACUGCCACUCACUGAUCUUGGACUCCCAUCAUAUUUGGAACGUGUGGACAGUGUAUUUUUAUGGGGAGAAAAUCAGGGAAUCUAUAUUUUUGCAGGAAAAUACUACUGGCGCUUGGAUGAAAAUUCUGGUCCCUUUGGGAAAGUAAUUAAUAGUCCAGACUAUCCACGUCCAAUAGCAGACACAUGGCAAGGUGUUCCUGUACCUACUCAAGCUGCAUUUACUGGUUUAAAUGAUGAAACUUUAUUCUUCGAAGGCACAAAUUAUUAUGUAUUUGAUAAUAUAGCAAUGCGUACACGUCCUGGAUAUCCGAAACAAGCUACACUGGGCAUACUAGGUUGUAUGCGGUGAUUCGUGAAUUUAAGUUCAGGGGACCAUACAUUAUUAUCAUCUUCGAUUGAUGUGUCACUGAAUGCAACAAUAUUGUCUGUCUCUCAACCUACCUUGAUUAGCUGUAAUGAGUUCUAUGUUAUUUAGUGGUGUACUUUUAUUACUUUAUUUUAAUUAACUGAAAUCAUGAAUGUAAGGAUAAUCCGAUUGAGUUUAUUUAAUUCAGUAUUCUUUUUUCUUCCUUAUCUUCUAUUAUAUACUACUCAUGUAGUACUCAUUUUGAAACUGAACGAAGAUCUCAACCGUUGGAGGAUCAAACCAAUCCAACUUGAAUGACUAGUUAAGUAGGCUAAAUGCUGAACUAAGCGUAUACAAUUAGAGGUUAUUAGUUAUAGUUCAGUUACGAAUCAGGUAUUCUUUCAAUUAUUUAUUAUUUAUCAUUUGCAUAUAGGAAAUAACAGGAUUUGCCAAUUGAGCUGACGUUAACUCGUUUAGUAGCCCUUUGUAAACAUGAUUAGAACAAAUACCUGCUUAUAUAAACUUGUAUGGAUUCUAAGAAAGAGUUAGUUCAGUUCUCUCUCUCUCUCCUCUUUAUUCCUUAACACUUUCUAAUCUGUUCGUCUGUAAUUAGCGGUAUUCUUCUAGAUACUGACAUUGUUUAAAUGUAAUCAUACAUUUUGAAUUACUCUUGUUAGCAUGCUUUAUUGAUAUUCUUUUUGUUGUGAAUAUUAUGAACAUUAUACUUGUUGUUAUUACUAUUAUUACAUUUAUCAAUAAACUGGAUAAUGUUACAAAUAAAAAGACAAUGGUGAUUUCUUUACUUAGAAAAAGUUUAAUAUUUAUUCAUCAGAAUGCGUGAAUGAACAUGGUCGAAUAUUGGUGCCCGUGAAGAAUAUAUAUGUAUCUCCUUCAGAAAACUGAGUUAUACAUUGGUCAGUUAUACUAUGAAUAAAUAUUUUACUAUUGUUUAAUUCAGUUGAAAGCUUCCAUAAGUUAUUUUUUUCUCUUCUGCAUAAAGAAUUAACAUAAAGUCAAAAUUUUAUAUAUUAGAGGUUUAGUGAACUGUCAGAUACUAUGAGAAGUCAAGUUGAAUACAGACUCGAAAAUAUUGUCAUAUGCCUAAUCUUAUGGUUUCGUCCAAAUAUGGCUUUCAGUCAACACAGUACAGAUUACUCAGUAUUCAAACCCUUGUAUUCAUCAUGAACUCAAGGCAGUUGUGAAACCAUUUAAAAUCUGGAAGCACUGAGUAGGUAGCAGUUUCAUCCUAGUAUGAGAGUCCUCAGGAGUGUUCAACCACCACUGCAUUUGACCAGAGAUCGAACCCACGACCUUUAAGUCCCAAAGCCAACACCUUACCGUUGGUCCACUGGGUUGAAAUCCAAUGGUUCACAUUUUUCUACUUCUGUCAGUUCAUGAUAUUGCACGAUGUUAACUAACUGUUCUCAUGCCUUAAUUGUUUUAUCCAACCGGUCACCACUUCUUACUAGGACUUCAGGAAUCACCUUCCGAACCGAGUCACCAAUAAGCACUAGACUAAUUUAAUUUGGAGGUUCAUGGAGAUUUAUUUAUUAACUUCAAGUUGGUAUUCCUCUCUCCAAAAGUGGAAAACUCAUCAUUCCCUUCUUUAGUUAAUCUAUAUGUGAUAUAAUUUAAUAUCAAAACGAUUAUAUAAACCCUAGUAUAAUAAAAAUGCGUUCGUGGAACUCUGAUGGGGGAAAUAUGGUAAGUUUCUGACAUUUCGCAAUGCCCUGGUAACCAUUGGAACGACAACAAAGUGGAACUGAAAGCCUGAAGUCAUUGAAAACGCUUUUUCUUGGCCACAAAAAAAGACGAGGAGUUGAUGCCUACCAGCUGUUGUCAACUCUUAAUAUGCUUAAUAGGAUAAAAGGUUUAACCAUCAUUCCAAGGCGAAUAGUUUAUUAGGACAAACUUGAUAUGCAUAAGGUUGUGUCAGUUGUUUCUUUUACUAUUUAAGCAGAUGAUAACCUUAGUAGCUAUCAUGCCGUAGUGGUCUAGUGGGCAACGCUAUGGCGUUUGAAGCGUUGGUUACUGGCUUCGAGUCAGUGGAAGCAAUAUCACUCACUUGGGUGAAAGUACAUCCGGCCAGUGAGUCCCAGCCGGGACAAGGUGCGUGUCCUGGAUUCCGCUGCUAGCUAUCACCAAAUAAACUACAAUAUGAUAACUGUUUUCAGGUAUCUAAACCAGAUUAGGACUGGAUUGUUUACAGAGCACUUAAGUUGAUGUGAAGGACAAAAUUCCUCUGGAUUUACAAUCUAAUUGCGUUUUUAAAAACAGAACGCUCGAGAUGCUAUGCAAUAUACCUUCGACAUACCUCACAU